GUUUAAGUUAUGUACUUGUAUUUUGUAAACAAAUCCAAAAUUAAAGCUAGUUAGUUGACUUUUAAAUUUUAUUUCAUUUAUCCGAAUAAUGCGUAUUACCCGACACUUGGCGCAGCUAUGGGAAAAACGCAACCCCACGGCCGUUCACCUGAGCACCUAUUUCUUCUUUGCAUUGCUCCGCCUAAUUCUCGUUUUUGUACCCCAAUUGGGCUACGUGCAUCCAGAUGAGUUUUUCCAGAGUGUCGAGGUAAUGACGGGUGAUCACUUUCGUUUGGAGCACACGCGAACUUGGGAGUUCAAUAAUACGAUGCCGGUGCGGAGCAUAACGCUGCCCUGGGCGCUACUUCGCGUGCCCUGGAGCUUCUAUGAGUUUGCGGCGCUAUAUGUGCGUGGCUGGUGGCAGGUGGAGCUAAUCAAUAGCUAUGCUUAUCUGGUGUUUCCGCGGCUCAUCUACACGCUAAUCUCGUACAGCAAUGACUGGUGCCUGUAUCGGAUUUGCCGGCUUUACGGGCUGCGCCAUGAGAUCCGCCUGCUGGCGCUGGGCAGCAGCUGGGUACUGCUGGUCUUCGGCACGCGCACCUUUUCCAACACGCUCGAGCUGGCCAUGUGCUCCUGGCUGCUUUGCCUGGUGGCCGAGUGCAUGCUGCGCACGAAUACGGUGGUGUACAAAAAGGAAUUCCUGGAGGAGAAAUACGAUAAGGCGGCUUCGAUAAGUGAACGCGUCAAGAUUUGGAAGCUGAAGAAUGCGCUGCCCGCGCACAAUUUGCAGCAUCUGUUCGCCAUGUCCAGCAUUUGUGUGGCCGGCGUCUUCAAUCGGCCCACGUUCCUGCUUUUCGGCGCGCCCAUGGUAUUCUUCUGGCUGCUGCGCGGCAUGGGCACACGCAGCGUCAGCUUUCGUGAUUUCAAUCUGCGCAUCGGACUAUUCUGCCUGUGUGCGCUGCCAGCACUGCUGCUGUUCAUAUUCUGCGACUCGCUCUACUAUCAGCAUCUGACCGUGGGCGAGCUGCACAUGCUGCAGCUGGGGAUUGAUAACUUUGUGUUUACGCCAUGGAAUUUUAUCAAAUACAACCUGGACUCGGCCCAAACGGCCACGCAUGGCGUCCAUCCCUGCUAUGUGCAUCUGCUGGUCAACAUGCCGCUGCUCUUCAAUGUGCUUGGCCUCGCCGCCCUGGUGUCGUUUGCCCAGCUGCUGUUGCGCUUCUUUUGCGCCGAAUAUCAGCUGCUGCCGCGCUUUCAGAGCAUUGUGUCCUUGAUGUCAGGUGCCAUCUUUGUGCCGCUCUUCUUUCUCUCGUUGAUCAAUCAUCAGGAGCCGCGCUUUUUGCUGCCACUCACAUUUCCAUUGCUGUUGCUGCAUGCGCCCAAGCUCAUCACUGGAUUCAGCGCCACAUAUCCAUUCCAGACGCAGCACCCGCUGCUACGUUGGCUUUACGAUCGCCUGCUGUGCAGCAGAGCCUCAGCACCGCAUCUGCUGCGCAUUUGGUACGUGUGCAAUGUGCUGCUCACGCUCUUCUUUGGCUUCAUUCAUCAGGCUGGCAUCUUUCCGCUGGCACAGCAUAUGUCGCAUGUGGUGGCCACCAAGCCGGCGGCCACCCAUGUCCAUCUGCUUACCUCGCACACCUACAGCUUGCCGCUCCAUUUGGUUAAUGUGCCCAGCUCGCGUGUGCUGCACUUUAAUCCGCAGACGCAUCAACGUUAUCGACGCCAGCGCGACUUCUUUUUGUACGAGUACAGUGGCCUGGCGCUGGACACGGUCAUGCACAAGGUGAAACUCAUCUCGGGCAAUUGUGAGCUGAAGCGCAAUGGCGCAUCUCGGCUGCGCUACAAGAUGUACCUGGCCAUACCAGCUACACUGAGCGGCGAGCUGCACGAGGCACUACAGCGUUCCAAUGCCAGCAGCUACUUGCACUUUGAGCUGGUUUCUGUCUUCUACCCGCAUCUGUCCACAGAGGCUUUUCCACGCCUGCAGGGUCGCCAUCCCUGCGAUGUUGAUGCGCCCCAUUGGACGCACGACGAUCUGCGCGGCACUUGCGCCGUGGAGCAGCCGCCCACGUUAAGCUUUGCCCACCUGAGUCGUCAGUUCAGCUCCUUUGUGCAUCAGUUUGGGCUGGCGCUCUACGAGAUCGAUGUGCGGCGCAAGCAGCCGCGUGCAGCUACACACACGCUGGACCUGGACACAGCGCCGGCAACACCGCUGCCCGAAUCCUCGUCGUAAUAGUAGCAGGCGGCUGGCGUGGUUCUGUUGCUGCUGUCCAAAGUGUGUCUUAUACCAAAGAUUAAGCUAAACAUUUUAUUAAUCUGUUGUUGGCAUGAAAUAUUUGCAGCUCUAGUCAUAUAACGCAUCAUAAAUAUUCUGUUUUAUCAUUCGAACUAAUACAAAACAUAUAUAAAUUAAA